CGUUGUUUGUCCUCAUGGGGGCGUCGUCUGCAGCCUUUUCUUACGUGUGACAGGAAGUAGAAAGGAGAAGAGAAAGAGAAAGUCUUCCUGUGUAUAUCACCAGUGUACACACAAAUGUUUGCAACAGUGAAAACUGAGCAGCCGAACACAUGGGUAGAGUCAGAGCCCAUCUUUACCCAACGAAGACGAGAGAGGGAUCAACCCCAAGAGAGACCAGCACUUGGACCUUGAUGGGACUCCACUGGCACAAAUCCGAAUAGAAACCAGACAUCAGUUAUGGAGAGUUUUACAACCAUCCCCCUGUUUCCUGGCAAUCACAGCAGCCGCAGCAACACCACUUGUUCCCGUGACAACGUUUUAAAGACGGUGGUUUUUCCAGUUCUGUACUCCUUUCUCUUCUUGGUCGGGCUGACUCUUAAUGGGGUGGCGGUGUGGGUUUUUUUCCGCAUCCCAUCCAAGUCUCACUUCAUUAUAUACCUGAAAAACAUUGUGGUCGCAGAUGUCAUCAUGACCUUAACGUUCCCUUUCAAGGUGUUGGCAGAUUCCAACAUUGCCUCCACUGGGCUGCGUAUAUUCGUGUGUCGGGUUUCCUCAGUGCUCUUCUACCUCACCAUGUACAUCAGCAUCCUCUUCUUUGGCCUCAUCAGCAUCGACCGCUGCAGAAAGACUCUAAAGCCCUUCAGGGGGACUAACUCAGCCCGGCUAGCCCGCCGCAAAUUCCUCUCAGGAGCCCUCUGGACUUUUCAACUGGUUCUCUGUCUGCCCAACGUGAUCCUGACGAGUAAAACCCCCAAGUCCCCGAAUUUCAAGUGCAGUGACCUGAAGACUCAAGCAGGGCUGUACUGGCACGAGGUGGCAAAUUAUGUCUGUCAGGUUAUUUUCUGGGGUAACCUGGUGACCGUGGUUAUUUGCUACACUUUAAUCACAAAGGAGCUGUACAAAUCGUACUCCCGCACUAAAUCCCAAGGCUCUGGAGGGACUAUUUGUAAAGCACAGAGUAGGGGAACAGUUCGCAAGCCAGGUCAGUCUAAAAGGAAAAUGAAUGCAAAUGUGUUCCUGGUCCUGGCAGUGUUCUUUGUGUGCUUUGUGCCUUUUCACUUCGCCCGUGUGCCGUACACUAUGAGCCAGACCCGAGUGGUGCUAUUUGACUGCAAACUCAAACUCUUUUUCUUUCAGCUGAAGGAAAGCACGCUCUUCCUCUCAUCCUCAAACUCUCUGCUGGACCCUCUCAUUUAUUUCUUCCUUUGCAAGUCCUUCAGAACCACACUGUUCAAGACCCUGAAACUUCCACCUGGUACCUGUAACUGGCUGCUGAAGAAAGGGUCAGACACAGACACAGACAGCACCCCUAUGAGAGACUCUGUGGGAACGUAGGGCCAUUGAAACCAACAACAGUACUUUAAGAAAACCAGAAUCAGCAUGUUGACUGAUACUGAAGUCUUUUCUAGAAAGAGGCGUGCAUACAGCUGUGAGCAUUACUAAAUGACAGCAUUACUGUACAUUUAAAAGCAUGCAGGACAAACACUGUGAUUUUAGUUUUUUAACUUCUUAAUACAGUUUUUUAUGCUGACUUUUACUGAACUGAAAUAUCAUGAUUUUGUGUUGUCCUUUCUGUUCUCUUUUCAAGUAAAUAACAUUCAGUUCCUGUUUUAUUCAGAAUCAGGAUCAGAAUCAGAUUCAGCUUUAUCGGCCAGAUAUGCUUGAACACACAAUAAAAAUGGUCUUGGUAAACUUUGCUCUCCUUUGUACGAAGGCAUAAGAAUAAGGCAUACAAAUAAAAAUACAAAUAUAAUAAUAAUAACAUCAACUAUAAACACAAAAGAACAACAAAUAGGCAUGACUAAUAUGUACGGCUAAAAAAUAAUGAUAAUAGAGCAGUGGUGAGUAGUGCAGAGGUAGUUUUACAUUAAAAAAAGUACAUGUAGGUAAAAAAUAUACAUUGUAUAUUUACAUGUUUAUUUACAGAGAGUAUUGAUCCUCGUUUAUUUCACAGCGACAGGUAUGACACUGUUAGGACCUAUUUUUUGGAGAGAAGAAACCUGUAGCCUUAAUUUGAAACUUGAAAACAAAUCUAUUAUUUUUAUAUUUUUUUAAAAAGCUUACCUGCUUAAUCAAUACAAUUCAAUGCAUUGUAAUUUAUUUUUGUAGCAUGCCCAUGAUUAUUUUGUUCAUUCAAAACAUAAAGCAGGUAGAUGUGAUUAAACACUGUAUACGUGUGUGAUUA